AUGCGCUCCGCCCCAGGAGACAUCAAGGCGGCGCUCGACGCAUACCGCGGACACGUGGCGGCCCGCAACCGCCGGGUCCUCGAGGUCUACGACAUUGGGCGGCUCCGCAUGGAAAGCCUGCUCACACUCCUCUCCGCCGACGAGGAGACGUUCAGGGAGCUGGGGAUAUCGGCGCCGGAAGACGUGCUGGCGCGAUAUGACGCCGUUGCGCCGGAGCUCGGUCUCGAGGGCGUGACUGUGCCCCGCGGCGUACGCGCGGGUCGCGAGUUGGAGAGGGCGAAGCAGUGGCACGAGUAUUUCUGGAUCAUUCUCUCCGAGCUGAAAGAGACUUGUCUGGAGGAGGUGAGGGAGAGCAUCACGAUCCCGGAGGAGCUUCUGGUGCUGGCGGAGCACGUUGACGCCGUGGACGGCGCGGGGCUGCCAAAGUACCGGGGCAUGCACCAGAUCGCGUUCUGGUGGGGGUUAAACGAUAGGCUCUGGGGGAAUAGGGACUACGAUAGGAAGACGGCGGCGCGGGUCAAGUCGCCGUGGGAGUUGAAGUCGAUCGCUGGCCUCGGUCACGGGUGGGAGGUUGCCGGGGGGUGGAGUGCCGGGGAGGGGGCAGAGGGCAUGUUUUGCGUUGUGUACUGCCGACGGAGGAGGCAUGACGGACAGGAGGAGGGCUGGGCGUGGAGGUACACGUUCGUGUCCCAUCACAACUUCUCGUCGUGGGUGUUUGAUACGAUUCCCCAGUUGCUGCUAUGGUAUCGCGAGUUCAACGAAGAGCGGUUGCCUGUUGAAGAAGAGCUGAAUGCGGAUGAUAUCCUCGCCGGAUUGUUCUAA